UGAGGACAGAAGCGUGGAGGAAUAUCGUUUCUUUCAUUAGCAGACAAAUAGGUUGCGUUCCCUCUGCGUUCUCCUUUUUGUGAAUGCGCCCAUCUCACCUCCUCCUUGCUUGUUUAUCUGUCUCGUCACACUUUCUCCGUUUUUGCAUCAACACCCUUCAAGAAUUCAUCAUAGGAAAUCAAUCAAGAAAAGCAGAAAUGGAAAGCAUUGAUGACAAGAUUGUGCGGCAAAAAUUCCAGAAGAGCUACUUCGAUGUAUUGGGCCUUUGCUGUUCUUCUGAAAUUCCGAUAAUUGAAAAAAUUCUUGCAUCACUUGACGGAAUCAAAGAUUUCUCAGUUGUACUCCCUACCAAGACCCUCAUUGUUGUCCAUGAUUCUCUCCUCAUUUCCCAGCUUCAAAUAGUAAAGGCACUGAAUCAGGCGAGGCUGGAGGCAAAUGUUAGGUCAGUAUACGGCGGCGGGGAAAGCUACAAGAACAAAUGGCCGAGCCCCUACGCAGUUGCCAGUGGUACAUUGCUAUUGCUGUCGUUUCUCAAGUAUGUGUACAGCCCGAUGCGGUGGCUGGCCGUCGGAGCAAUCGCUGUCGGGAUCCCUCCGGUUGUACUAAAGGCUGUUGCGGCGGUUCGCAACUUCAGGCUGGACAUCAACAUCCUCGUCCUGAUUACGGUUGCCGGAUCAAUCGCCCUGCGUGACUACUGGGAAGCUGGCACUAUCGUGUUCUUGUUUACGAUAUCAGAGUGGCUCGAGUCAAAGCAAAUGAACUUAGCCACUGCUGUUAUGUCAUCGUUAGUUAGUGUAGUACCCCAAAGAGCCGUUCUAGCUGACACCGGGGAAGAGGUUGAUGCAGAUGAAGUCAAGUUGAAUACUGUUCUAGCUGUGAAGGCCGGUGAAGUUAUACCUAUAGAUGGAGUAGUUGUAGAAGGGACGUGCGAAGUGGAUGAGAAAACUAUGACCGGAGAAUCGUUUCCUGUGGCAAAGCAGAAAGACUCCACUGUUUGGGCUAGCACAAUCAAUCUCAAUGGCUACAUAAGCAUUAAAACCACGGCUGUGGCGGAGGACUGUGUGGUGGCUAGAAUGGCAAAGAUUGUCGAAGAGGCUCAAAACAAAAAGUCCAGAACUCAAAGGUUUAUGGACAAGUGCGCCAAGUACUACACACCAGCCAUAGUGGCGAUAUCUGCUGCGCUGGCCAUCGUCCCUCUGGCAGUCCAUGUUCGAAAUAAGAAGGAAUGGUACCACUUGGCUCUUGUCGUUUUAGUGAGUGGAUGCCCUUGUGCACUUCUGCUUUCCACACCGGUUGCCAUGUUCUGUGCACUAACAAAAGCAGCUACGCUAGGUGUUCUGUUUAAAGGAGCCGAGCAUCUUGAAAAUCUUGCUCAGAUAAAGAUCAUGGCCUUUGACAAAACGGGGACGAUAACAAGGGGAGAAUUCCUGGUGGUGGAUUUCAAAUCUCUCCGUGAUGAUAUCAGCUUGAAUACGCUGCUCUAUUGGAUUUCGAGUGUAGAAUGCAAGUCAAGUCAUCCAAUGGCGGCUGCUCUAGUUGAGUUUGCUAGAGCACAUGCAGUGGCGCCGAAGCCUGACAGAGUUGAGAAGUUUCAAAAUUUUCCUGGUGAAGGGAUUUGUGGGAAGAUUGAAGAUAACGAAAUAUACAUCGGAAACAGGAAAAUCGCUUCAAGAGCAGGGUCUACUGCAGUUCCCAACUUAGAAGGUUAUGACACAGAAGGAAAGUCUGUCGGCUACGUUUUCUUGGGGUCAUCUCCUGCCGGCAUCUUUUAUCUCUCUGAUAUGUGCCGAACAGGAGCAAAGGAAGCAAUUGAAGAGCUGAAGUCAGUAGGCAUCAAAACCGUAAUGCUAACUGGAGAUUGUCAUGGAGCUGCCAAGCGUGCACAAGAACAGUUAGGAGGAGCUUUGGAGGUUGUUCAUGCCGAGCUUCUACCAGAAGACAAAGCAAGCAUCAUUAAAGAGCUCCAGAAAGAGGGACGUACUGCCAUGAUUGGUGAUGGCCUCAACGAUGCUCCUGCAUUAGCCACAGCAGACAUUGGGAUCUCCAUGGGUGUAUCAGGUUCAGCACUUGCAACAGAAUCCGGGGACAUCGUUCUCAUGUCAAACGACAUGCGGAGAAUACCAAAAGCUCUCCGUAUUGCAAAGGAAGUUAGGUGGAAAAUUAUUCAAAAUGUGAUGGUGUCUAUUUCAACCAAGACUGCAAUUUUAGUAUUAGCCGUAUCUGGUCAUCCGCUUGUCUGGGCUGCACUGCUCGCUGACGUUGGAACAUGCUUAUUAGUGAUCUUAAACAGCAUGCUGCUGCUGAAAGGAACGAGUGGACGGGGAAAAGGUUGUUGCCUGUCUACAGCUCACUCACAUAUCCACAAACAGAAAUCAGCUUGUUCUAGUGCUGAAUCUCCAAACAAGUGCGAGCUUCAAUCAUGCUCGUCCAAAAAUUGUGGCUCCAAAUGUGGUUCUUCUGAUUCAAGCUCAGGGCCUUGUGGGGAUGAGAAACACUCGAGCUCUGCCAAAGAGCACUGUCACAAUGCACAUUCUCAUUCACGCAACAAGAUAACUGACAAGGAUCAUCAGUGCUGUCACAAAGUCCAUCAGGACCUUGAAUCACAGCAAGUGCACGUCCACGGAUGCUCUGAAAAUGUAAGCUGCAGUGAGAACAAUGAUUGUGAAAGAUCAGUUCUAAGGCACGAAACAGAACAAUGUGAGGAUCAUAACCAUAGUACAAGCUGCAAUAAUUCUCCACAAUCAACAGUGUCCAAUGAGCAGCCUACGUCUAACAAUCAUGAUCUCAGCCGAAUGACAUCAGGCAAACGGGAGGGGAAGUGUUGCAGCCACACUCCAAGAAAACAAGAAGGUCGGUCAGGAUGUGGAGAGCAUGCCUCUGAAUACGGUAAACAAAGAAGUUGUGUCGCUAACAUGUUAGGCUGUAAGAACAGUGAAGAAUGCAAAGCUGUCCAUAAGGCUUGUGUAGCCUCCAAGAAAAUGCACGUCGGAUGCUGCGAAAGCUUCAGAAGGGAAUGCUGCAUCAGAAAUGGGCACUUUGGAACUACUUUCAGAGGAGGUUUAUCAAAAUAUGUCAUAGACUAGCUAGUGCUUAUUUAAGUGUAUGUAUUACAAACAAUGAUUGAGGACUUAGACUUCGUAUAUAUUACAAACAAGUUUUUAA